UCAGAAGUCGAGCCAGCUCCACAGCAGCAGCACAGCUCCCACUGCCCCCGGUCCACCUCUCCGGCCACAGACACCUCACCAUGAUCUUCCGCAGCGCAGUUCUCCUCAUGGCCAUCUCGGCCGCCGCCGCGUAUUACGGCAAAAAGCCGACCGAAUUCGUCCCCCAGACGUGCAACAAACAGUGCGGCGCCAACGAGGUCUGCGAGGUACAAGUCUGCCACGUGUGCGUUCCAGAGCCUCCCUCGUGCAAAAACCUGCAGUGUAAGGACACGGAGUUCUGCGAGGACACGCCCAACGGCCCUGUGUGCCGGCGCAAGACGUGCGCCCACAUCAAGUGCGCGGCCGGCGAGGAGUGCAAGGACACUGCCGACGGACCCGACUGCGUGCCCGACGUCCCCUCCUGCGAGGGCUUCUUCUGCCGGCGCGGCACCAACUGCUACAUUCGUGGCGGCUCGCCCAUCUGUCUGCCCAACACGUGCGAGGUGCGCGAGUGUCAGCACGGUCUGACCUGCAUCGACACGCCCAGUGGCGCCCUCUGCCGGCGCGGAAAGAAGACCAAGGGCUGCGGCAAAAAGUACUGCCCGCCCAACACCAUGUGCGAGAACGGUGACGACGGUCCCACCUGCAAGAUCAUCUAAACUACAGGGAUAACGGAGUGAUUUAGUCAACUCAGGCACCAAAAUGUGAACCUAUUUACUCCGUUCCAUGACAGGAUCAGACCAAGAUCAGUAAGUCAUCAAAAUUCAGAUGCAAUUCUUACGCAGCGACAAAACGCAACAGCGUGAGCUCGGGGCAGCCAGGACAUGCAAGAAAAUCUUCUAACUGCAGGCGCGGUUUUCUAUUCCGAUUUGCAUUUAGCAACAUGUCUCAGAAUUCCCGAUCAAAAUCGCGAUCUCAUAUAAUUAUCAAGCGACUAGUGUGUACUUGCCGAUGUUAUUUAUUGAUUCGCAGUUGACGCUCGCACUUGAGUUAUGUCAGCCGUCGAUUACCUCUCGACAUGACAAAAGCUUGUGCCGGUCUCAUUUGUGUUUUAUAUGUGAUGGUACAACACUGGAUAUACCAGCGUUGAGAACAUGAACACCAAUAAAAAACACAAAAGUAAAA